AUGGCUGGGACACGGGUGAACAGCGAUUCCAAGGGGGUAUAUCCUCAUCCUUUGGACCAAUUGAGUGGCGAUGAGAUCAAAGUCGCUCGGCAAGCAGUCCUCGACGCAAGGAAGAAAGCGAUACUAUUUCGCAACAUCUACGCUGUGGAGCCCCCGAAGGCGGAACUGGUCGACUUUCUCAACGCUGAGCACGCCGGUAGGUUGACGGCGAAUACACCUCGUCCAGCUCGGCAAGCGCGCGCCCAGUAUGACGUUAUAUACGAGAAGGGGCAUCACGAGUAUAUGGAGUCCAUCGUCGAUAUCGCUUCGGGCAAGGAAGUUGAUCUCAGGAAGCCGGAGAAAGGGUCCCAGCAAUCUCUGACCGUGGACGAAUUCAAGGAAUUCACCAUGGUGUGCAUGGAAUCGGACAAAUUCAAAGAUGCCGUCAAGGAACUCCAGUUGGAUGCCGAGAGGUUCGAAGUUGCCAUUGACCCAUGGCCAUAUGGAGGGCCCGAUCCUGGCGAGGUUACGCCUCGCUACACCCAAGGGCUCUGCUUCGCCAAGCUCCGCAAUGGAAACCCCGACACCAACCAUUACGGCUUUCCUCUGCCGAUCAUCCCUGUGAUGGACACCUACAAAAAGGAGAUCAUCCGCAUUGACAGACUGGCAACCGGAGGCACAGAAGACGGGCUAGACUACGGUACGGCCAAAGGUAACGUCCUCGAACAUUGUCUCCCAGCGGAGUACGUGCCGGAGCUGUUGGACGUUCCUCUACGGAAAGAUGUCAAACCUUUGAAUGUCUUGCAGCCAGAAGGCCCGAGCUUCUCGGUCAGCGAUGACUCCCUCGUUAAAUGGCAGAAAUGGAGAUUCCGGGUCGGAUUUACGCCCCGAGAGUGCGCCGUGCUACACGACGUUCAUUAUGAUGGCCGAAGUGUCUUGUAUAGGUUGAGUCUGUCAGAGAUGACGGUCCCCUACGGCGACCCCAGACCGCCUUUCCACCGCAAACAGGCUUUCGACUUUGGUGACGCUGGUGCGGGCCGUGCUGCAAACAAUCUUGCACUUGGCUGUGACUGCCUUGGAGUGAUCAAAUACCUUGAUGCCAUGCUCGUCAACUCUGACGGGGAACCAUCGUUGUCUCGAAGAUGCGUAUGUAUCCACGAGCAGGACAACGGUAUUGGCUUCAAACACACCAAUUUUAGAACCAACCGCGCAGUGGUAACGAGAAACCGUGAGCUGGUUGUUCAAUUCAUCAUUACUCUGGCCAACUACGAGUACAUCUUCGCCUACAAGUUCGACCAAGCAGGAGGCAUCACUAUUGAGACCCGUGCCACUGGCAUUGUGUCUGUCGUCAACAUCGACCCCGGGAAGACGAGCCCAUACGGAAAUGUUGUGUCACCUGGAGCCCUGGCGCAGAAUCACCAGCACAUCUUUGCGGUUCGAAUUGACCCAGCCAUCGACGGACAAAUGAACACCAUCUACACUGAGGAAUCACUGCCUAUUCCCAUGAACCCUAAAACGAAUCCGUUCGGCAAUGGAUACGAGGUUGUACGCAAGCCUGUCACCAAGUCAUCGUGGAUUCACGCUUCGCCGUUCACCAAUCUUACCGUCAAGAUGGCGAAUGCAAAUAAAAUCAAUCCCAUCUCACAGCGGCCUGUCGCUUACAAAUUCAUUCCCUCCCCCAGUCAAUUGAUAUUGGCAGAUCCGGAGUCCGUAGUAGCCAAAAGAGCAGCAUUUGCGCUCCAUCACGUUUGGGUGACCAAAUACAAAGAUGAAGAACUCUUUGCGGCUGGAGAAUUUACCAAUCAAUCUCAAGUGGAGAAAGGGGGUGUUGCCGAUGCCGUCGCUCGUGACGAGGAUGUUGAGAACGCAGACGUGGUUGUAUGGAAUGUUUUCGGCCUCACCCACAAUCCUCGUGUCGAGGACUGGCCUGUCAUGCCAGUCGAAACACACCAGAUACAUCUGAGGCCGGCCGACUUUUUCGAAAGAAAUCCGGCCCUGGACGUUCCCGGAAUCGAGAAUGCUAGCUCUGUGGAGGUGGGAAGCGUUGCAAAUGGAUCAUGCUGCCAUGGCUCCGAGACUGUCAAUGACGGCAGCUCUGUCCAAGCUGCGCCAACCUCUCACCUUCAAGGAACAGAGAGUGUCCCUGUUUCACAGAUCAGUGGUCAUUGA